CCGCCCUGGGUGCAGUGUUUUGGCCGGUGGCCUGGCCGGAGGAAUCGAGAUCUGCAUCACAUUCCCCACCGAGUAUGUGAAGACGCAGCUGCAGCUGGACGAGAAGGCGAACCCUCCGCGCUACAAGGGCAUUGGGGACUGUGUGAAGCAGACUGUCCGUGACCAUGGCAUCCGGGGGCUGUACCGGGGGCUCAGCUCGCUGGUGUAUGGCUCCAUCCCCAAGGCCGCUGUCAGGUUUGGGAUGUUUGAGUUCCUCAGCAACCAGAUGAGAGACGAGCAGGGGCGGCUGGACAGCACACGAGGCCUCAUCUGCGGGCUGGGAGCUGGCGUGGCCGAGGCCGUGGUGGUUGUCUGUCCUAUGGAGACAGUGAAGGUGAAGUUUAUCCAUGACCAGUGCUCCCCCAAACCCAAAUACCGCGGCUUCUUCCACGGUGUUCGAGAGAUCGUUCGGGAGCAGGGACUGAGGGGGACCUAUCAAGGCUUAACCGCAACUGUCCUCAAGCAAGGAUCGAACCAGGCCAUCCGCUUCUUCGUCAUGACCUCUCUCAAGAACUGGUACAAAGGGGACAAUCCCAACAAGGUCAUCAACCCCUUUGUCACGGGGGUGUUUGGAGCCCUCGCUGGAGCUGCAAGUGUCUUCGGCAACACCCCCUUGGAUGUGGUGAAGACCAGGAUGCAGGGGCUGGAAGCGCACAAGUACAAGAGCACCUGGGACUGC